AACUCAUAAACGUUCGUGGAAGAAAUUCUCAGCAUCUGUAUGGAAUAUUGACACGGAUGAGCAUAAUUAUCUGAAAUCGGGUUCUGUCAUCGGCUAUCACUCGGUGUCGUAGUCAGAUUGUACCUCUAUGGCCGGAAAUCGUGGUUUCUAGCAUCAAUAUUCGGGAUCGUCGCAUCGUAAGCCUACUGAGGCCUAAAGUAAAGGCUGGAUUAUGGCACGAAUGUUAACUGAUUUUUGUGUUUAUGAUUCAGUGCAAAUUUUGAAAUUACUUGUAAAUUGAACAUAACUAACUUUAAUGAGGUGUAAAAUGCACUAAAGUCAAGCUUCUUCAAAAAAAACAAAGGUACCACUUUAGUGUUGAAUGCUUGACAACCAAGAUCCUGGAAAUAGUUACAGUAUGGAUGCUGGGUAAAAAAAUCCGUUUGUGAUAUUGACUGGAAAAUUGUAAUAUAUGAUAGCAAAAUGAUUUUUGCAAUAAUAGAUUCACCCUGCUGUUUGCUAUGAAGGACACUGAGGCGAGUGGUUCUGGUACUAGUGGCUGCAAUGUUGUGGAGAUGGGGAGCAAUGGUAAUGUUGAGCACACACAAACAAGUAUCAAUUGGACAAAGUGGCUACUGGAAGCCAUUCAUAAGAUCAAGCACCAGAAACAACGACCUUCUAUCGAUCGUAUCUGUAGUGCUGUACGUCAAAACCACAAAGUAAACCGAGAAUUUAUUGUGAAACAAUUAGAAAAGGCUGUUGCUGAGGGUAAAGUGUUAAAGGUCUUCAACAAAGGCUUGUGUUCCUACAAAGACCCAAAUGGAAUUCUUCAGGUGAAACCCACAUAUGUUAGGGUAACAAAGACAACAGACUUAGUGAAAUUACUGCAAAAAGUAAUCAGGGAUCUGGGAGAUACUGGUGGAGUAACAUUAUGCUCUAUAGAAAAAUAUAUAAAGCAAACUUGUACAGUCGAUCUAUCUACAACUAGCUUGGAUUUUAGUAAACAGCUCAGGUUUGCUGCUAAAAGAGCUGUAGCUAGUGGUCAGUUGCUUCAGAAAGGGAGGUUUUACAAAGUUGGAAGAGCAAUAGGAACAGGUGCCGCAGACGUUGAUUCUCUUGGAAAUGUUUCUUAUAGCAAGAGCAGUAAGAAUUCUUUGGACACUGCAGUACAGAAGAAGGCAGUUCCUAUACCCAUUUGCAGUUUCUGUCGAGGGACAGCGGACAGCAACCGGGAAGGUGUUUCGGAAAAGCUAAUUUCCUGUGCUGAUUGUGGAAAUAGUGGACACCCCAACUGUCUGAAAUAUUCCCAAGAAUUGACAGCACGUAUACAGAAUACCAGAUGGCAGUGUAUCGAAUGUAAAACAUGUAAAGUCUGUGGAAGCAGGAACCAGGCAGAAGACUUGUUAUUCUGUGACUCAUGUGAUCAAGGCUUUCACAUGGGAUGUUUACAGCCACCUCUUUUAAAGAUGCCAAAAGGUUCUUGGAGCUGUGAGCACUGUUUGGAUGAGCUUUGUUUGAAGAAUAAAAGAGGUCGAAGAUUAAUAAAUGAAGUUGCAGCUACUGUAAAGAUGUGGUACAAAAAACAAAGCAAUAGUAAAAGUAAAGCAGAUAAAACAACACACGGGUUUUACCUCUCCUCAGACUGUGAUUUACCUGUAUCUUCAAGUGAAAAAAAUGUAAAAGUCAAAAGCAAAAAAUCUAUGAGACAGAAACAGGUAAGAAGGACAAAGAAAAAAAUAGCUUUGACAUCAAGGCAAAUUGAUGCAAAUAGAAUAGUCUCAUCAUCAUCUCAAUCACAAGUUUUACUACAUCACAACCAUGUAAGUGCAGAAACUACAAAUCAUGAGCAUAAUGCAAAGGAAGAGCAGUCACAAACUAUCAUUCCUGCUCUCUUUGAUCCAUUUUCAUUUUCAAGCCAACCCAAAGGUCUGAUUGAUGGAUUAUCAAAAUUUUUCACCCCUGGUAAUAAACGUAAAUCUCGUGUUGCCAUAAGCUCCAUGGCAACACCAUUUACAACUGUCGUACCUGAUACAAUGACAAGUGUAGAUAUCCAUCUGAAAUCCAGUGAAGAAAGCCAUCCUAACGAAGUAGAGGAGACAGCCAAAUCCAAGAAAGUAACUACUACUGAAAAGGAGGACACACUGAAUGUAAGAGAAUUGUCUUGCAAUCUUGAAGCUCCUAAUAUCAGUAAUUCAACUUUUCUCUUGAAAUCAAAAUAUUCAUCUUCACUGAACAGUGCAUCAUCUCAUUCACAUUCUACAUCUUUUAAUGAAACUUCAUCACUCAUUUCUUCAGACACUGUGCAGUUAAAGAGUCUGUUUGAUGGUCUUUCACAACUCUGUACAAAUGAUACUUGCAAACGUGGCAUUAAAGCUGAUGGGUAUAUUCCACCAAAAAGAAGGCGUAAAAAAUUUUUCCUUGUGAGUAGAAAGAAAUCUCAGAUUUUUUCAAAAGCUACUGCAGAAAAAAGGACUAAUAAACUGAAGAAAAACAUUAUCAAGGUACAAGAGAAUGACCAGACUCUAAAUUUUUCUAGGGAGUCUGCUGGACUUCGUGUAUCAGAGACUACAAGUGUAAAAACAACUCAUCUUUCAAGGUGGACAUCAUCAUCAUCAUCAUCGCCACAGUCAUUACCUGUUUCUGAUGUUCUAAGUGUUGGUAGUUCAGAAGUGGUAAAUUCACAGAAUCCAGUGAUGAAACAAAACAAAACUUCGUCUACAUCACCUCAUGAUGAUCAGGCUUUGAAAUUGUCAACGACUUCCACAUCUCCACCAUCAGAUUCAACAGUAAAUGGUUCUUCAAAUCUAUCGCCAUCAAAGAGGAAGAAGAACAGUAAACAUUCAAAUGGAACACCUGUACAGAACAACAAACAGCAUUUGUUACCAGGAGUGACUGAGAAAGAUCUUAACCUAUUCAAAAAAGCCCAGGAAGAUUCAUUAUGUACUAUUGUACAUGAAACACCAUUGACUGAGACUCCUGCUCGUUACCCUAUGGCCAUAGAGUUUGGUCAGUACGAGAUUCAGACAUGGUACUCUUCUCCUUUCCCACAAGAGUAUGCUAGAUUACCUAAACUUUUCCUGUGUGAAUUCUGUCUCAAAUACAUGAAAAGUCGAAGUGUACUUCAUAGCCAUAGGAGAAAGUGUUCAUGGACUCACCCUCCUGCCACAGAGAUUUACCGAAAAGAUGACCUAUCAGUCUUUGAAGUGGAUGGAAACAUCAACAAAAUCUACUGUCAAAAUCUGUGUCUUCUUGCCAAACUUUUCCUUGAUCAUAAAACCCUCUACUAUGAUGUUGACCCAUUUCUGUUUUAUGUUCUCACAAAAAAUGAUGACACAGGGUGCCAUUUUGUUGGAUACUUUUCUAAGGAAAAACACUGUCAACAGAAAUAUAAUGUUUCCUGUAUCAUGACAAUGCCACAGUACCAAAGAAAAGGAUAUGGACGGUUUCUGAUUGACUUUAGCUAUCUGUUAACAAGAAAAGAAGGUCUUGUUGGAACUCCAGAGAAACCUCUAUCAGAUUUGGGCCAAGUCAGUUACAACUCGUAUUGGAAAAGUGUCAUCCUUGAGUACUUGUACACACACAGGGAGAAGCAACUAAAAAUAGAGGAUAUCUCCAAAGAAACUGGUAUUAACCUUGUAGACAUAGCCUCAACUCUUCAACUACUUAAGAUAAUUAAGUAUGAAAACAACAGGUUUAACUUUAUCAUCAACAAUACCAUGAUUGAGAAUCUCAUUAAGAACUUGAAUGCCCACAAGGAUAGGAGACUACAAAUUGACUCAAGUUGCUUGAGAUGGACACCUGUAGUUUCCAGUUCUCUACCUCCUGAAAGCUGUGAGAACAAGAUGCCUGAAGAAUCGAACUCUAUUCAAAGACAGCUAUCUUGCUUUAUAAAGGAACCAUUAGAAAAUAGUCAUUCACUUUUACCAGAGAGUGAAACAAGUGAUACAACUGAAGUUGAAAAACAUACAAAGAUGACUAAAAUCAAGUCUGGUAAUAUAAAAGCAAUUAAAAACAAUAUCCAAGAAGAUCCUAAGACAAAUAAAAGCAAAGUUGAAGAAAAUGCAAAGACACUUAUAAACAAAAUUCAACAAGAUGCAAACAUUGAUAAAAGCAAAAUUCAACAAGAUGCAAACACUGAUGAAGGCAAAAUUCAACAAGAUGCAAACACUGAUGAAGACAAAAUUCAGCAAGAUGCAAACACUGAUGAAGACAAAAUUCAGCAAGAUGCAAACACUGAUAAAAGCAAAAUUCAAGAAGAGACAAAUGCAAGUGUAAACAACACUCAAGAAAAAGCAAAUAUAUCUGAAAACAAAGCUAUAGAAGAGAAAGAGGCAAAAAAAGAAGAGACAAAAUCAGGAAAAAGCCCUUGUGAAGAAACAAAGUUGGAAAAACAUGAUAACUGUAAAAGUAAUCAACAUGCAUCAAAGAAAAAAGACAAAUCUAAAAAGAAAAACAAUUUAAAAAUGAAAAAGAAAAGAAAGAGAGAACAUUCUUCUCAGAAACACAAGAACUCUUCAUCACUUUGUCAUGAACUAGAUGAUAUGGAACCCAAAAAGAAGAAACAAAAGAAAGAUCAUAGUACAAAUUUAAAGACCAGUUUUUCUUGCCUAGAAUCAUCUCGUAAAGAAUCUGAAAGCAUUGAAAAACAUUCAAACCAAAAGGAAGGGAAGCUGAAAAAGAAGAGCAAGAAGAAGAAAAAAUUAGCAGCUCUGAAAAGGGAAUUAAAGCUUAGAGAUGGUGAUAAAGAAGUUGAAAAAUCUAGCCAGAAGUCUCACAAAAGUGAAAAGUCUAGAAAGAAGUCAAAACAUCGUUUAGAGAAGUCCAAGAGUGGAAGUUCAAUACAGAAGAAACAGAAGUCCAAGAAGUCGGGAACAUCCUCAAAUAAAAAGAGUAGCAGUAAACGCAAGAAACGAAAGAAGCUGAAAAAUAUUGUGCCUGAAAAAACACAUGAUAAAGUGACACUUCCAGAGCCAGAGUCUGGCCUCACUCCACCAGUUCUUGCCCCAGAUAUUUCUCCCAAAAGUACAGUUACAGUACAAAGCCAGAACCCAUCUGUUAAGCUUGAUUCAUCACCACCUGAUUUACAAGCUUCAGUAACAGAUUUAAGUAAAAAGCAGUUAUUUAAGGAAGAUGAAUACAGUAACUCUGUAACCUUGUCUGAGAAGAAACCAGUCUGUCCAGCAAGUUUAACAUCAAACAUAGAAUUGAAGGAGCAAUGGAACAAGAGUAAUAUUGAACAUCCUAAGCUAGUUGAAGAAUCAACUGAAUUGGAACUUUUUGUAACUCCUCUCUAUAAGGAUAAAGACUAUGACUCUUCUUUGCAGAAUCCUCAUGUUACAAUAAGCAGGACACACAAAGAAGUAACUUCUGAAGGCAGUUUAGAAAAUCUUGACCCCAUAAAUAAAAAGGACCAUUCAAAUGAAGAAAUUGAACAAAGUGUUCUUAACAUUUUGAGAAAAGAUCAAGAACAUUCACAACACUGGAACACUGACCAUGACACUUGUGAAACCCCUCAGAUAACAUCUCAACAAGACAGCACUCUCACUUCUCCGGAUAAGUGUGAUGGAACAGAAGAAGAUUGUGCUGAUGAACUUGAAGAAGCAGAGAAAUGCCAAAAUGAUGACAAUUUGUCAGGAGACUUUGAAGAGCCAGUAUCUUGUUCUAUUUCAAAUGAAUUGGAAAUUAAUGAGGAAGAUAUAUCAAGCCCAACAAUAGUCAUAUCAGAGGCCACAGACACUGUAGCAGAGCAGCUGGAAGUAACCACAACUGUUCAUCAAAUUCCUGUUCAGUCAAUUACUCCAAUGACUUCCAGUUCUGACCCUCCUUCUAGUGUUAGCAAUAGCCAAACUAUGUGCAGCUUAGAUGAAAAUCUUCAAGUACAGCAUCAUGAGACAGUUGUGUCUUCGAACAUUAUUAACUCUGUGGGUCACCCCCAGGAAACACCGGUACUCAUUGAAUUGGAUACCAAUGUUUCUAGUCAAACAAACAAUACUUCUGAAUUUCAGAAGAAUUUUUCAGAAGAAUUCUGUAACAAUCUUGAAUGCUUGCAAGCAACAUCUCCAGAAACAGAUGUUACUACUAGUGACCUUCCUCAGAGAAUGGACACUGUUGUUGAUGCCAGUCACACUUCUCAACCAUCUUCCUCUACUCCAUCCACUCCCAGUGGAAUCAUUCGGAAACACAACUCAACUCCUACACCUCAUGACCUUGCUAAUAUGGGAGUUUACACUCCUGAUUCUUCAACAAAUAGUGUUAUUUCAAAUGGUGGGUUUAACUCUGUGGAGAUAGAUGUAACACAGUUAGGCCUGGAAUCUCCAACAUCCAUUAGUAGUAGUGAAAUGGCUCAAAACUCUGUUGAGCCUCCACAGCCAACUCCAACUCCACAGCCUUACCCUGAUUGUGCUCAGUUACAGAAUCCUUACUGCAAUGCAACUCACACCCCACACAGUACCCCACCACAUGGAGCAAUGGCAGCAGCUGUGGCUGCUAUUGCACAGGCUCAGCGGCAAGCUCAAGUCCAGUCCCACAAGUGCCCAUCUAGUGGUCUAAGUAAUUGUGGCAACAGAGUUGCACCUCCCCAGCAACAUUCUGUUUCUGGCUGUGCUGGAUCACAUGGACGUACAGUGACCCCUCCUGUGUCAAACUUAGUGCAAAAUAGUAUGGUUAAUGUCAAUUCUCCCUCAGUGAAUACUUUAUUGGUAGGACAAUCCUCCAUUUGUUCUUCCACCAACUAUAUGAACACUGUAAACAUGGCAAUGACAGGAGGAAGUCCUGCUGGAUCUUACAUGGUAGGAGUAGGUGUUCCAGUUGCUACCAUGAUCCAACACCAAACUCCAGCCUUAGCAGUUGCUGCCCACUCACAACAGUUUCAGCAACAGAGUCAUCAUAAUCUAAAUAUGGCAAAUCAAGCUCCUGUCACAAUACCAGGAACUAUGCAACGCCUAACCCAUGUCAAUGUUGGUCUUCCUUCAUCAGCAGCUUCUGCAUGUGCUGUAUCUUCCACUGUGCCAGCAGGAUUCCACUUCCAGUCUCCUAAUUACUCCUGCACUCCUACACCAAGGCCCAACCCUGUAUCUCAAGGCAGCUAUAGCUGUAGCCUUGCUAAACUUCAGCAGCUUACUAAUGGAAUCAUGGACAUUGGUUCACCCUCUUGUAAUACCAUGACUCCACCACCAAACCUUACUUCUCCAUCACCACAGGUGAAUAUCACCCUUCCAUCUCAAAUGCAGCAUGGGAUUGCUAGUCUACAGCCUCAAGGAUCAAUACCGUCCAAUGCCAGUCAUGGCUAUGGUCAGUUUAGCCAUCGAUACCAUGCCAGACAAGUCCAACGAAGCUCUGGUGUAGCCAUCAAUCACAAUCUAGUAGCAGCAAGCUACCAAACUUUGAAUGGAGUAAGCUACCGUAUGCCACAGGGACCUCCUCCAGGAACAGCAGCAAUGGUUAACACAGCAGGUUACAUCACCAAUGCAGGAUUUAUUAACCCUACCCAGCUACAAGCUGCUGCUGUCCCCAUGGGCAUGGUGAACAUCAACAUGCACCCUCAAGCUCAAUACCAAGAGUCAAUUCAGUCAUCAAGACCACAAAACACCAUGUAUACCACAUAUGGGUAUCUAAAUGGAAGUCUCUCUCCUCAGGCCUUGAACUCUGUCAUAAGACGAUAGCAGUAUUGUAAUCA